AUGUUGCAGAACAAGCAGGGAGUGAGCGGCAGGCUCAGUGGAGCCACGCGCGUGGACAAGACUAACGGAAGCGUUGGAGACAACCCAAGUGGCAACCGCCCCGCUGCGGAUGCGGAGGAUCUGAAAAAAAUAAACCUGAAAAUCACCGACGAGGAAAUCAAGCUGCAUCUGAAAAUAAUCGAGGCACUGUAUCCCAACAUGAAGCCCAAAGUAGAUAAGCUAAUCAACGGGACGUACAACAUUUUCACGAAAUUUUUAAUACAGUCUCAUAUAGACGAUUACAACUCCUUCGUCAAUGUGUAUAUCAAGAACAUGCCGGAGACCAUCCCUGUGAUGGAAUUUUCUCCCAAUUUUAACGCAUACUCCAAGCAAAGCUUUAACAAGAAAUCAACAGAUACGAUCAAAUUUUACGUAAGUGACAUAAGAAUAAAAAACCCCGUGUUGAAAAACGACAAGGGGGAAACAAGAAAUGACUAUCCUUAUUUGUGUAAAAUAUCAACCAGAACAUACGAAGGAGAAAUUACUUUAAAAAUUAACAAAAAAACGAAUGAUGAAAUAAUCAGUACUACGGUGAGUGCAGGGCACAUCCCUGUGAUGGUGUUAUCAAAUCUGUGUAAUCUGAGCAGUUUAAAUAAAAAGAUGCUACCCCAGAAGGGAGAGGACGAAAGCCUAUUAGGAGGAUUUUUUGUCAUCUCAGGAAAUUUAAAAGUGAUUAGAUAUGUAAUUCAUCCGAAGUACAACACUAUUCUACUUAAUGAGGAAAAUAAAGUCCACAUGAAUUGCCUACUAAAUGAUAACUCAGUUUAUGUCAACUUUUUGACAUGUCCCAAAUUUGAUUUCUUUACUUAUGGCGCUAGAUACCAGAAUUCAGUCAUGUCAGUUCCUCUGCAUGUCAUUCUGUUACUUCUAAGUCCGAUUAAGAAAAAAAGCUACUUAUUCAAUAAAAUGAAAAUGGGGAUCAAAAACGAAAAUGCAGUCAAGUACAUAGAGCAAUACAUCCAAUCUAUAUUUAUAAAAAAUGAACUAAACGAAAAGGAAGUCUUCGAAAAAUAUAAUUUGAAGUAUCUAGGGAACUCCUCCUAUUUCAGGAGUGGCGUAUUUCGUUAUACUCUCUAUUCUGAUGAAAAAAAAGGAAAGAAAAUUCUCAAGUAUGUGAUUCUACCACACAUCCAGAGCUACUCAGAAAAAUUUGAAACUAUUUGUAUGAUGUUUAGGACGUUAAUUUUUAGCAAGUUUAAGUUAGUCGCUCGAAUUAAUAAGGACUCGCUCGAAAACCACGCAGUCACGACGUGUAGCCAUUUGCUGUCAAACUUGCUGAAGGAUCAAAUCUUGACUUGUCUCAGCCGAUUAGUUUUCAGAUAUUCCAGGAGUUUUCACAAAUUUUACGAGAAAAAAUAUGAUUCCUUUAAGGUAAUUGUGAAGCAGAUUUACCUCCGUUACAAGGAGAUGGUCAUGGAUGAGCUGGACGAGAAGCACCUGAACUCGGCACCACUGCAGGGCGAUGGCUCGGAUGUUGCCAAGGUGGCUGAUUCAGGCAACCAACUCGCCAUUAGCUACAAAAGCGAAGCGGUGAAAAAGCUCAAGUCUAUCUUCAUCGAAGAAAAGGAGAAGCUUUUCAGCAGCGUGGAGAGCUACGUUCGGGAGCUUUACAACGACAACCACCUCUUUAUAGAAAUAGCAAAGACCUUCGCCACGCUCAGCAUGCCUAUCAUAUUUUUUUUCAAGACGGGAAAUAUUGCCUCAGAAAAUAUAGGGUACCAGCAGAAAAGUGGGUGGGUCAUCGGAGCAGACGAAAUUAACAGUCUCCGAUUUGUUACAAAUUUUCGAGCAAUCCACAGAGGAUGCUUUUUUCAAGAAAUUAAAGUUUUAAGUCCAAGAAAAUUACUGGGGGAGGCAUGGGGAUUCAUAUGUCCCGUCCAUACGCCUGACGGUUCGCCUUGCGGUUUGCUAAAUCAUUUGUCUCAAUUUAGUUACGUCCACUGUUCGGCUAGCAACGAAUCACACAAGCUGAACAUAAAAUUGUACCUAAAAAAAAUUGGAGUUAACGUAAAUCUGGAUGAUACUAGUGGUAUCUCUACAAUCUACGAGGACCAAACCAUACCCAUUGUUGUGGACUCAGUCCCCAUAACAUAUAUAAGUGAGCAAGACUUCAACAGAGUCGUCUUCAAGUUAAAAUAUGCCAAGAAUCACAACCUCUAUAAUUUAAAAGCCUACUUCGAAAUUAAUGCAUACAUGAAUGAACCCCUCCUGAUGAACUCCAUAAUAAUUAACACCUUCCCUGGGAGAUUAAUCAGGCCCGUAUUUAAUUUAAAAAUGAAAUGCAUAGAGUUUAUCUCCCCGUCUUAUCAACCUUACGUAGCUAUUGCCAUAAAUUAUGAAGAUAUCAAGAAGAACAACUUAGCUAGAAGGGUGUUAAGUAUGAAGGAGCGUUUAGUUGGUUCCAAAAAAGGGACGCAGCAAAAAAUGACCAUAAAGGAGCAGUAUUUGCUUCAUGCCAGGAGGAAGAAAAUGGCGUCCUCCACAAAGGGGAGUGCUCUGCAAAAUAGCAAUCCUGUGGAGGGACCCGGGGCUUCCGAAUCGGCGAUUAGCAGGAAGGUGCUGCAACUUUUGGAAGACGGUGAGAACGACGAGGGGGACCAUACGGAUGGCCAGGAGGACCUCACGGAUGGCCAGGGAGACCGCACGGGUGGCGAGGACGACUACGUAAGCAGCUCGAACUAUGACUCGAGCGGGGACUCAUGUGGAGAAGGAAGCGAUGGCAGAAGCGAUGGCAGAAGCGAUGGCAGAAGUGACGGAAGAAGUGACGGCAGAAGUGACGGCAGGAGCGACAAACGGGAGGGAAAACGCCGCCACAGAGUACCGCCCACCUCCUACACAGACAGUGACGAAAACGCAAACCUCGACAUCUACGAGCAAAUGCCGCAAAAGUUCGAAUACAUGGAACUGAAAGAGACCUCUUUCCUGUCCUUCCUAGGAUCGCUGACCCCCUUUUCCGACCACAACCAAAGCCCGCGUAACAUUUAUCAGUGCCAAAUGUUGAAGCAGACGAUGGGUAUACAAAGCUUAAACAUGAUGUAUACAUUUUCGAACAAAGUUUACAGGAUGAUAACUCCGCAAUAUCCUUUAGUCGUCACAAGAGAUUACGAACUCUAUGGAAUGGAUAAUUUUCCUAGUGGAACGAAUGCAGUUGUGGCCAUUUUAGCGUACACCGGAUAUGAUAUGGAGGAUGCACUGAUUAUAAACAAGUCUAGUGCAGAAAGAGGUAUUUUCAGGACCCAUAUUUACAAAACGGAAAUUAUUGACUUGGAGAAAAAUCAUGGCCGUGGGGAGUUUAUACUCGGAAAUAAUGUUAGAUAUACGAACAGCAAUGGGGGUACCAAUACGAAUAGUACAAACAGUAACACCACAGGGAAGACUAACAUAAAAUUGCAGUACGAACAUAUGGGUAAGAUGUUAAAUAAGGAUGGGUUGCCUCGCGUGCAACAGAAGAUAGUGGAAUUGAAUCCGCUGUACGCUUAUAUCAAUAAAGCAAACGAACUAACCGUGUACGAGAAAUUUAAAGGAAUUGGAGAACAUUACGUAGACUGUGUAACGAAUUAUAAAAGUACGAGGAAUCAAAUUGCAAUCGUCCGAUUACGUACGACAAGACCACCUCUUGUGGGAGAUAAAUUUGCAUCAAGACAUGGACAGAAGGGAGUUGUUUCGAGACUGUUUCCACAGGAAGAUAUGCCCUUUUCGGAGAGUGGAAUUGUCCCGGAUGUUAUUUUCAACCCCCAUGGUAUCCCCUCACGUAUGACCAUUGGUAUGCUUAUCGAGAGCAUUUGUGGAAAGGCUGCUUGCAUCUACGGCAAGAGAAUUGACGCCACUCCGUUUAGGAAGUACACGCAGCAGAGAAGCUUCAACAACGAGUGGAUUGACAAUUGUGGCGUUAAGGGCUUUCUCGAGAGGGACGAAAAACAAGGCAAAAAUAAAGGUGAAAAGAGUGGUAGUGGUACUAGUGGUAGUAGUAGUAGUGCCCACGCUCCUGCGCAGGAGACUCAUAACAGCCAUAAAAAAGAAAAAAAAAAUGACCUCCCAAAGGGGGAAACCCCAAAGAGCGCAAAAACGAAUAUCACGUAUGACGAAAAAAUUGACUACUUCGCAAAGCUGCUGCUAAACAAGGGCUACGAUUAUUACGGAACGGAGUUACUCUACAGUGGCAUAUACGGGGUACCCCUCCACGCACACAUCUUCUUUGGCGUCAUUUAUUACCAAAGGUUACGACAUAUGGCUUAUGACAAGGCGCAAGUUAGGCGAACAGGACCAGUCUGUAACUUAACACAUCAGCCCUUGAAGGGUAAGAAAAAACAUGGAGGAAUCAGAUUAGGAGAAAUGGAACGAGAUGGGUUAAUAUCUCAUGGUUGCAGUUUUAUAAUUAAUGAGAGGUUUCUCAUGAACUCAGAUGGACAUGAGUGCUUUGUUUGUCCACAGUGUGGACUAAUCCUUUCCCCAAUUAUGCAGUUCACCUGUAGUGGGGAAAUGGUUAAGGGGAGAAGCAUUGGUGGAAAGAAUAAAAUAGCAGUUUGCAAGUCUUGUGGCGUUUCCUGCAAAAUUGUUUAUGUACCCUAUGUUCUGCGCUAUUUACUAAAUGAGUUAAUCUGCCUAAAUGUGACCAUCCGGCUAAAUAUCAAGUCGGUGGAAAGCAUGUUUGACAUGAAGUAG